AUGGCCACCAAGGGCGAUGAGACCCCCACGGAAACCAACCCAGUUCGAUCUGAGAAGGGGAUUCACGACUCUCACGACGGUGCUGGGACUGAGCUUCUCAAUGGGCAUCUGGUCGAGCUUGAGGUCGACCUGGCCCGCGUGAUCGGCGAAGACGAUGUAGAGGGCGACUGGGAUGCCGACACGAGUCCUUUCCCAGCCGUCAGAGCGGUGGUUCCUGAAUAUGACGAUCCAGAGAUGCCAGUCAACACCUUCCGGGCCUGGUUCCUAGGUAUUGUGUUCGUGUUCUUGGGUGCCGGUGUCAACCAAUUCUUCAGCUUGCGCUACCCUGGAGUCCAUAUCGUUUCCCUGGUGGCUGAGCUGCUGGCCUUUCCCCUCGGCGUGGGUAUCGCCAACCUGCUUCCCAUCAGCCGUUUCAACCCAGACCGGCACUUCAACGUCAAGGAACAUGCACUGGUGACCAUCAUGAGCAACGUCUCGUUCGGGUUCGGUUCUGCCGACUCGACCAAUAUCAUCCAGGCGGCCAAGUUCUACGGCAUCUCCCUGCAGACUGGCUUCAGCGUCAUGGUGGUCCUGUGCUGCCAGCUGCUGGGCUACGGCGUGGCCGGCUUGAGCUCGAGAUGGCUAGUCGAGCCGGCAAGCAUGAUCUGGCCGGGCGUGCUCAGCAACGUGGCCCUGCUCAGCUCUCUGCACUCCAAGGCCAACGCGGUGGCGGACGGCUGGAAGAUCACGCGCAUCAAGUUCUUCAUGGUCGUCGGGGCGGCUGCCUUUGUGUGGUACUGGUUCCCCGGCCUGAUCUUCACGGGUCUUUCGUAUUUCACCUGGAUCUGCUGGAUCGCACCCAACAACAUUGCCGUCAACAACGUCUUCGGCAUGGUCACGGGCAUGGGGCUCUUCCCGCUGACGUUCGACUGGUCCAUGGUUGCCUACAAUACGAACCCGCUCCUCAGCCCGCACUGGGCAGCCGUGAACGUCUUCUUCGGCUUUGCCCUCUUCUUCUGGGUCGUCACGCCCGCCCUGUACUACACCAACACGUGGUUCACGGCUUACAUGCCGUUCUGCACCGCCGAUGUGUACGACCGCUUCGGGCAGGAGUACGACACGUCCCAGGUCAUGACGGGCUCGGUCUUUGACGAGGCCAAGUACAAGACCUACAGCCCCCCUUAUCUCCCAGCCACCUUUGCCUUUGUCUACGGCCUGUCAUUUGCCUCCAUCACCAGUGUCCUCUCCCACGUCUACUUUUUCCACUGGGACGAGCUGGUCCACGCCUUCAGGGGCACCUUGAAGCUCGACAUUCACGCCCGGCUGAUGAAGUCCUACAAGAAGGUUCCCGUCUGGUGGUGGUUUGCCAUCAUCCUGGUCGUCUUUGGCAUGUCUGUCGCCAUGACGGAGGUGUUCCACACCGGCCUUCCUGUGUACGGCAUCGUCCUGGCCCUCAUCAUUCCAGCUAUCUAUAUGGUACCUUGCGGAAUGAUUCAGGCGGUGACUAAUGUCGACGCAAAUCAAAUCAAUGUGCUGUCUGAGUUUAUUGGCGGGUACAUGUUCCAGGGCAAGCCUGUCGCCACUAUGCUGUUCAAGAUUCUGUCCACCGACGUGGUGGGUCAGGGCUUGUAUUUUGCUCAAGAUAUGAAGCUCGCACACUACCUUAAAAUCCCCUCCAGGACCCUUUUCUUCGCACAAGGACUUGCUACCAUCCUGGGCGCUUUGACUCAAGUUGGCGUCACCCUCUGGAUGCUUGGAAAUGUGGAGGGGAUCUGCGACGACGACCAGCCAAAUGGAUUCACCUGCCCGAAUGGGUUGACAGUGUACAGCUCUUCAAUCAUCUGGGGCUUGAUUGGACCUGCUCGGCUUUACAGUGCUGGAAAGAUCUAUUCUGGUUUGCUGCAUUUCUUCUGGAUCGGACUGAUCCUGCCGCCCAUCACUUAUUACCUCUGGAAGAAAACCAACUACGAGUUCUUUCGCAAGACCAACUGGCCACUUAUCUUCUAUCUAUUUUUCCCCCGUUGCUCAGGCACAUACAACGUUCCUCCUGCAACAGGUAUCAACUAUUCCAGCUGGUACAUUGUCAAUCUGGUCUUCAACAAGAUUAUCUUCAACCGCUUCCGCGCCUGGUGGACAAAAUAUAAUUACGUCCUUGCUGCUGCUCUGGACUCGGGCCUUGCAAUCUCCGGCAUCGUCAUCUUCUUUGCAAUCACGUACGGGCCUGGUAUCGAGUUCCCCUCGUGGUGGGGCAACGAGGUCUGGCAGAACACGGCGGACUACAACGGGACCCCGUGGUUGCCGUUGCCGUCGACCGGCUACUUUGGUCCUGCAAACGGAACAUGGUCAUAG